GUUUCGUGCCAGAGCGACCUGCUGGUGAUCAAGCGUGCCGGCUUCUGGGGGCAGGGUGGCACGGUGUUGGGGGAACUUGCCCCGGGGGAGGUCGGGGCGCCCCCCUUGGGCAGGCUGGAGUUCCUGCUCGACCCAGGGGCGACGGCUAGGGAAGAGGGGCGACGAUGA